AUGAAGCGCACGCAGAAGCAAUUUACACAUAAAUUCGCGCAAGCUUGCGAUGAGGGUGCAGACGGGGUGCAGUUGCAUGCGGAGGUGGACCACCUACGGCAGCACCUCUCGGAGAGAGAUGCGCACAUUGUAGCCCUUGAAGGGGAGUUUCUCAAAUGCACUGCUAGAGCUAAUGAUUUAGAAGAGCAGCUAAGUACCUGGAGAGAAAAAUACGAAAGAUUGUAUGACUCCCAUAAAAGGGUUCAAAAGUUGAAUCAAAUUCUAGAAGAUAAAUUAUUGCAAAUGGUUGACAAAAUGAAGGGUGAAAAAAGUCAAUUGACAAAGGACAUUGCAACACUUUCUGUUAGAUUGGCUGAAUCCAAACACAAUUACAGCAUGCUACAGAAAGAAAAUGAAAGAUAUAAAAAUGAUAUGAAUCUGGCUAUUCAAUUAUUGCAAUGCAAACCAGAUAACUUUGUUUCACAGAAAUUAGACAAUCUUCCAGUUGACACUCAAGCGAGAGUAUCACAAUAUGUUAUGUCAAAAACAUCAAAACCAAGCAGUUCUGCACAGUCUAAAUGUGGAAAUGAAAAUGAUACUUUUGAUGCGAGUGAGUAUGAAUUCAACAUUUCUGCCUCCCUCAUGUCUAAAAUUCUUGAAGAUAGCAUCCAGGACACUGUGACCAAACACUGUGAUACAUGUACAUGUUCAAAAUCACAGAACAAACCGUUUUGUUACAAUGAAAGUUACUAUUCUGUAGCAACUCAAACACUAUUAAGUAGUGAAACUAAAAGUUCUAUCUGCUUAAAUUGCAAAUCGGAAAUUAAGUCUGUACCUUCUAAUUUGAGUGUUAGAAGUUCUUCUCCUCAUAACAUCAAUAUGGCUGAUGAUGAAAAGCCACUAAACUGUGGUCUAACAGGUCCUAUGUAUAUUUUACCACAGCCUGUUAUUGAGCCAUACAAACAAAGUACUGAGAUACCACAAAUGUCUCAAGCAAGUAAUGCUUUGCCUGAUAAAAUAACAAAUAACAAUACCCCGAAAAAUGUUAUUUUGAAAAGCAAUAUAGAACAAACUUUACCCAAAGACAACUUAGAAAAAGAAGAUAAGGCAAAGAAUAAUGGAAAUAUGGAGCCAUCUGUACAUCAUAAGCUUUGCGAUCGUACUAAGACUUCGAUUUCCAGCAAACGAAGUAGUGUACAUAGUAAUGGUAAUGAUGAUUUGAUGAUAAAAGAACAAUUGGAAAAUAGUAAAGAAACUAAAAACAAAUAUGACAUACAAAUUGCCGAUGUUACAAAGCCUAGGAAAAAUUCCCAAAGUUCAAUGAGUGUAAUGAGUAGAACCUCCUCCGUUGCAAAAUCAACAGUAAGCACGCAUAAAUCUAACACCCAAGUCGGACCUGGUCCAAGAUUUUGUCACUUACGUAUGCAAGCUGGUUCUAAGAACAUUUUGUUAGAUAAUGCUGAACCAGAUGUACCACCUGUUUUAUACAGACGCCAGAGCAAAUGUAAUGAUACAUUAUUCAAAGAUCUGCAAGAUGAUAUUGAUAAUAUUAUAGAAUUAGAUAAAAACGAAGUUCAUGAAAAAAAUGAUGUUAACAAUGACAAUGUUGUAAUUGAAACCACAUUAAUUGAUGUACACGUUGAUAAUAACACUAAAGAAUCCAAUCCAUCUGUUAAAACAUCUUCAAUCAAUCCUGUUUUAUUAAAUGUUUCUUCUUCGCCAUUGCAGCCUCUUAAGACUCAUAAUUUUUCACACAAUUCUGAAAACAAUAAUAAUACUUCACAGAGCUUAGGAAGUCAACAAAAUACAUCAGAAAUUGAUAAUUUGUUGAAUGAUUUCAACUCAGAUGCAAUUAAUAAACAAAACAAUAACAAUCGCGAAAUAGCGGAUACUGUAAAUCAAAACGAUUUUACUCCUACUGAUAAUUACGAUAUGAAAAUAUUUAAUUUUGAUCGAUAUGAACAAACUAAAUUACAAAAUCAAUAUAAUAGGUCAUUGAAAAAAAAUGAUAUGUCUCAACUUCAUUCUAUUCAAAAAACUAGGAUCUCCAAAGAUUUUCCUCCACUUGGUGAUUGUGUAAAAGUACAAAAGAGAUCAAGCACUGCACAUAAAUCAUCAUUGCCUGCUGUCGUUAAUGUUUAUCCAAACUUGACGCAAACCCAUUUAAAAGUAAAUGAGAGUAAAAAUGUUUUUACUAAUGAGCAAAGUACAAGCUCUCUCUCGAGUGACGAUAGUGCAGCUUUAUUACAGAAACAGCAGCUAUUGAGAGUAGCUGAAUGGGUUGAAAAAAAUUUAGAACAACAGAAUAAUUUUAACGAUCCUUUAGAUGACGAUGUCAGUUUCAGUAACAGAAUGGCACGAAGAGAUAGCAAAUUAACUAGACUAACAGAAACUUUGAAUGAAAUUGCAUUAAAUAUGCCACAUCCAGUUAGUAAGUUUGCUAAACAAUAUUCCAAAGAUAGCAACAACGCGUGGGUUCAUAACAAUAUUUCAUCACUAUUGGCUCAAGAUAAGGGGACCCGAAACGUUGUACUAUCUCAUAAAGUGGCAAAUAAUGUGGCUAAAGAAACUAUGUUCCCUGUUGAUAGUGGCGACGCCACUAUAACAGAGGUAACCAAAGAAGCCGACAGAAAUACUCAUAAUACCAAUCAAGAGGAAAGUGAUAUUAGUAAAGCAUUACACGCUGGAAUUAAAACAAACGGUGAUAAAGAAAUUACACCUGAAGAUUUAGCAAGAAUGGAAUAUAAUGUAAAAAAGUUUUUAUUAAGCGGGCCUCAUUGGGUCAAUCCAGGAUCUGUUGGGAGGAGUCGUCGCACAAGCAGCAAGACCGAGACUGAUGUAUAAUUUUGAAAAAUAGACUGGUCUACAUUCCAAGAGUUGCAUAUUUAGUAAAAUAGGUAUUUGUUUACUUGCUUCUUUGAAGCUUUUUAUGUAGUAUUGCUCAAUGAAAUACUUGGAAUCGAGUUUGACUUUAAUAGAUUUUGAGUCUCUGAUGUUUGUCGAGCUAAUUGCUAGAUUUUAGACAUGUUAUAUAAUUUUAUUAUUAACAAGGAAAUUUUGUUGAGUCACUCAUU